UUAAUAUCAGUUUUAUUUUUCUUUUUUAGAAAACAAAAUCACGGCAUCCACCAUUGUACGAAAUGGCUACGCUUCACCACCAUCGGCCCAUUUCACUGUCGGUUCUCCCUCUUCUCUCCCGGCUGAGACCUUCUUCGGCUAUCCCCGCAACGCUGUUCUCGCGCCCACCGCUCUCCGGACUGCCGUGCACUCCGAUAUCUGCUCGGGCCAUCCGCGAUAAGCGCAUCCUUGGACCCGUCCGUGGAUGCGCGACCUCAGAUUCCGCGAUUUCCCCCGGACCUCCACCCUCGUCGAGGAUCUUUAUCAAAGGAUUAUCUCGUUCAACGUCUGAGGGAUUCUUGGCAAAGACCUUUUCAUCCUUUGGAGAAGUCAAGAAAAUAACGAUAAUUACAAGCAAAAGUUCGAAACAGUCUCUGGGACUUGCAUAUAUAUGGUUUGCCCGUGAACAAGAUGCACUAAUGGCGGUAAAGGAGAUGAAUGGAAAGUUUCUUGAUGGCAGGUUUGUUGCUGUCACAAUUGCAGAAGCUGAAUCUCCUUCUAAACAGAGAAAGGUGGACAGGGAUACAACUUCAAUGGUGGCAUAGCAUCACUAAUCAGUUUCACCUUGUGUCCCACAAUCUUAUCCUGGUCACAUCAGAAAAAUUGCAGAAUUCUGGACCACUAGAUCAAACAGGGAUGCUGAUG